AUGAGUAGUGCUGCCAGAAAAGCACAAGCUGAUACCAACCGGUCACAGGAUAUGGCAUCUGAGAUCAAGGCUCUGCGUAAAUUUGCAGAAAAUACAGCCAAGCAUGCUCCGCACUUGGUUGCAGAAUGGCAUACAAAACAAGGGGAUGAUGGUAUUGUGCCCACUGGCUUCAUCUCUUAUCUUCUUAUGACAUGGUGUCCUGGAGUCCCACUUGGUGAAGGGCGCUACGAAAGCAUGCCUCAAGCUAAAAAGAAAAAGGUUUUUAAAGCGUUCAAAGAAGCACUCGAGGAUACCAAACGAUGUGGAGUAGUGAGUAAGGGUGACAACCCAACUCUCCUAUGGGAUGCUGAGAAUGAUGAAAAAUGCUAUAUGGUCGACUUUAAAUUUUCGGGACGACCACACUAUAUCGAUGUUGCCGAACGAAUUUGGCAACGGUGGGGAUUGCAGCCUGGUCCUCCUGAAUAA